GGGUGUGAAGAAGUUGUUCUCAGGAGGAACAAUGGCAUCAAGCAGAGGAGCCUUGGUUACCGUUGGACAGCUCGCUUGCUAUGACCAGGCAAAGCAGUUGGUUCUUGGGACUGGUUUACUCGCUGACAAUAUUUUUACUCAUUUCCUGGCCAGUUUUAUUGCCGGAGGAUGUGCUACAUUUCUGUGUCAGCCCUUGGAUGUGCUAAAAACACGACUUAUGAAUUCCCAAGGCGAAUAUCGGGGUGUCCUGCACUGUGCAGUGGAGACGGCCAGGCUUGGGCCAUUGGCUUUUUAUAAGGUAAUACAGGAGAGAUGGGAGCCACAGGUUUUCAUCAACAAAAACAUAUUCUGCCAUUCCCUUUUCUUGGAAGUAAUAGAAGAGGGUGUGAAGAAGUUGUUCUCAGGAGGAACAAUGGCAUCGAGCAGAGGAGCCUUGGUUACCGUUGGACAGCUCGCUUGCUAUGACCAGGCAAAGCAGUUGGUUCUUGGGACUGGUUUACUCGCUGACAAUAUUUUUACUCAUUUCCUGGCCAGUUUUAUUGCCGGAGGAUGUGCUACAUUUCUGUGUCAGCCCUUGGAUGUGCUAAAAACACGACUUAUGAAUUCCCAAGGCGAAUAUCGGGGUGUCCUGCACUGUGCAGUGGAGACGGCCAGGCUUGGGCCAUUGGCUUUUUAUAAGGGCCUUGUUCCUGCCGGCAUUCGCUUGGUCCCUCAUACUGUGCUCACCUUUGUCUUCCUGGAGCAACUACGCAAAUACUUUGGCAUUAAAGUAAUGACCUAAAGGAGAAGAGACCUGUUAGAGUAAAAAA